CCGGACCCCUGCCCCAGUUGCUCUCCCCCGCCACCCUUCUGAGCCACCAUGGGGCUGCCGCUAGCCGGCCUGGUGGCUGUCUGCCUGGCCCUCAGCUCAGCUGGGGGUGCGGAGCUCCGGAGAGAGGGCAGGACCCGGAACCAUGGCCACAGCGUCUGCAGCACUUGGGGCGACUUCCACUAUAAGACGUUCGACGGCGACAUCUUCCGCUUCCCGGGCCUCUGCGACUACAACUUUGCGUCUGACUGCAGGGACUCGUACAAGGAGUUUGCGGUGCACCUGAAGCGGGGCCUGGGACGAGACGGGGCUCACCCCCAGCUCGACUACAUCCUGCUGAACAUCAAAGACGACACUAUCUACCUCACCCGCCAGCUGGCGGUGCUGAACGGGGCCGUGGUCAGCACCCCGCACUAUAGCCCCGGGCUGCUCAUUGAGAAGAGCGACGUCUAUACCAAGGUCUACUCCCGCGCGGGACUCACCCUCAUGUGGAACCGGGAAGACUCCCUCAUGCUGGAGCUGGACAGUAAGUUCCGGAACCACACGUGUGGCCUCUGCGGGGACUACAACGGCCUGCACGUCUAUUCAGAGUUCCUCUCUGACGGUGCAUCCUUCAGUGCCAUCGAGUUUGGGAACAUGCAGAAGAUCAAAAAGCCCGGGGCGGUGUGCGAGGACCCCGAGGAGGAGCCCGCGGGAGAGUCCUGCUCUGAGCACCGCGCCGAGUGCGAGAGGCUGCUGACGGGCUCGGCCUUCGAGGACUGCCUGGGCCUGGUGCCGCUGGAGCUGUACGUGCAGGCCUGCGUGCAGGACCGCUGCCGGUGCCCGCUGGGCGCCUCGUGCGUCUGCAGCAGCCUCGCCGAGUUCUCCCGCCAGUGCUCGCACGCGGGCGGCCGGCCGGGCACCUGGAGGACCCCCGUGUUCUGCCCCAAGAGCUGCCCCGGGAACAUGGUUUACCUGGAGAGCGGCUCACCCUGCAUGGACACCUGCUCACACCUGGGAAUCAGCAACCUGUGUGAGGAGCACCGCAUGGAUGGCUGUUUUUGCCCGGAAGGCACUGUGUACGAUGACAUUGCGGGCAGAGGCUGCAUUCCCGUCAGCCAGUGUCACUGCAAGGUCCACGGGCACCUGUACUUGCCCGGCCAGCAGAUCACCAACGACUGCGAGCAGUGCGUCUGCACCGCCGGCCGCUGGGUGUGCAAAGACCUGCCAUGCCCAGGCACCUGCGCCCUGGAGGGCGGCUCCCACAUCUCCACCUUUGACGGGAAGAAGUACACUUUCCACGGGGACUGCUACUACGUGCUGGUCAAGGGCGACCGCGACUCCUACGCCCUCCUGGGUGAGCUGGCCCCCUGCGGCUCCACGGACAAGCAGACCUGCCUGAAGACAGCGGUGCUGCUGACCGACAAGAAGAAGAACGUGGUGGCCUUCAAGUCGGAUGGCAGCGUGCUGCUGAAUGAGCUGCAGGUGAACUUGCCCCACGUGACUGCCAGCUUCUCCGUCUUCCAACCGUCCUCCCACCACCUCAUGGUGAACACCGCCUUCGGCCUCAGGCUUCAGGUGCAGCUGGUGCCCGUGAUGCAGCUGUUUGUGACGCUGGACCAGGCCGCCCAGGGGCGCGUGCAGGGCCUCUGCGGGAACUUCAACGGCCUGGAAGGGGAUGACUUCAAGACGGCGGGCGGGCUGGUGGAGGCCACGGGGGCCGGCUUCGCCAACACGUGGAAGGCCCAGUCGAGUUGCCACGACAAGCUGGACUGGCUGGAGGACCCCUGCUCCCUCAACAUCGAGAGCGCCAACUACGCGGAGCACUGGUGCUCCCUGCUGAAGAAGACAGAGACCCCCUUCGGCAGGUGCCACUCAGCCGUGGACCCCUCCGAGUAUUACAAGAGGUGCAGGUACGAUACGUGUAACUGCCAGAACAGCGAAGACUGCAUGUGCGCCGCCCUGUCCUCCUAUGCCCGCGCCUGCGCCACCAAGGGCGUCAUGCUGUGGGGGUGGCGGGAGCAAGUCUGCAACAAGGACUUGGGCUCCUGCCCCAGCUCACAGAUCUUCCUGUACAACCUGACCACCUGCCAGCCCACCUGCCGCUCGCUCUCCGAGGCCGACACCCACUGCCUCAAGGGCUUUGCGCCGGUGGACGGCUGCGGCUGCCCCGACCACACCUUCCUGGAUGAGAAGGGCCGCUGUGUGCCCCUGGCCAAGUGCUCUUGCUAUCACCGCGGCCUCUACCUGGAGGCCGGGGAAGUGGUCCUGCGGCAGGGGGAGCGAUGCGUUUGCCGGAACGGCAGGCUUCAGUGCGUCCAGAUCCAGCUGAUCGGCCUUCGCUGUCAGGCCCCAAAGAUCCACGUGGAUUGCAACAACCUGACAGCGCUGGCCAUCCAGAACCCGCGACCCACCAGCUGCCAGACGCUGGCUGCCGGCCACUACCAGACAGAGUGCAUCAGCGGCUGUGUUUGCCCGGACGGGCUGCUGGAUGACGGCCGCGGCGGCUGUGUCGUGGAAGAGCAGUGUCCCUGUGUGCACAACAAGGACCUGUACUCCCCCGGGGACAAGAUCAAGGUGGACUGCAACACCUGCACCUGCCGGAGGGGCCGCUGGGCGUGCACGCAGGCCGUGUGCUACGGCUCCUGCUCCAUCUACGGAAGUGGCCACUACAUCACGUUCGACGGAAAGCACUACGACUUUGAUGGACACUGUUCCUACGUGGCGGCUCAGGACUACUGUGGCCAGAACUCCUCACUGGGCUCCUUCAGCAUCAUCACCGAGAAUGUUCCCUGUGGCACCACGGGCGUCACCUGCUCCAAGGCCAUCAAAAUCUUCAUGGGGAGUCUGGAGCUGAAGCUGGAGGGCAAGCACCGCGUGGUGAUCCAGCGAGACGUGGGCCACCACGUGUCCUACACCACGCGGGAGGUGGGCCAGUACCUGGUGGUAGAGUCCAGCGUGGGCGUCAUCGUCAUCUGGGACAAGAGGACCACCGUCUUCAUCAAGCUGGCGCCGUCCUACGAGGGCACGGUGUGCGGGCUGUGUGGGAACUUCGACCGCCGCUCCAGCAACGACUUCACCACGAGGGACCACAUGGUGGUGGACAGCGAGCUGGACUUCGGGAACAGUUGGAAGGAGGCCCCCACCUGCCCAGACGUGAGCUUCACCCCGGAGCCCUGCGCCCUGAGGCCGCACCGCCUCUCCUGGGCCGAGAAGCAGUGCAGUAUCAUCAAGAGCCGGGUCUUCGCGGUCUGCCACAGCAAGGUGGACCCCAAGCCCUUCUACGAGGCCUGCGUCCAUGACUCGUGCUCCUGUGACACGGGCGGGGACUGUGAGUGCUUUUGCUCUGCCGUGGCCUCAUACGCCCAGGCGUGCACGAAGGAGGGGGCCUGCGUGUUCUGGAGGACGCCAGACCUGUGCCCCAUCUUCUGUGACUACUACAACCCCCCGGACGAGUGCGAGUGGCACUACGAGCCAUGUGGGAACCGCAGCUUUGAGACCUGCAGGACGGUCAACGGGAUCCACUCCAACAUCUCCGUGUCCUACCUGGAGGGCUGCUACCCGCGGUGCCCCAAGGACAGGCCCAUCUAUGACGAGGACAAGAAGAAGUGCGUCACGGCCGACCAGUGUGGCUGCUACGUCGAGGACACCCAUUACCCACCUGGAGCGUCCGUGCCCUCCGACAAGGACUGCCAGUCUUGCAUGUGUACCGACUCCUCGGAAGUUGUCUGCCGGCCCGAAGAAGGGAAGAUUCUCAACUAUACCCAGGAUGGGUCUUUCUGCUACUGGGUGAUCUGCGGUCCCAACGGGACGGUGGAGAAACACUUCAACAUCUGCCAGUCUACCUCGCCUCCCUCGUCCUCCUUGCCACCCUCCACCACCCCCGUCACCAGCACCACGAGCACCACCUCCACCCCCAUCCCCAGCACAGAUGUGUGCUGCUUCUGGUCCGACUGGAUCAACGAGAACCACCCCAGCAUGGACAGCACCGGCGGAGACUGGGAGCGAUUCGACAGUGUCUGCAGGGAACCCGAGGACAUCCAGUGCAGGUUGGCCACGGAGCCAGAGCUCAGCUGGGAGGAGACGGGCCAGAAGGUACACACGGAGACCCCGACCCCCACCCCGACCACCACAAGAACGGAGACCCCGACCCCCACCAGGACCACCACCAGCACGGAGACCCCGACCCCGGCCUCCACCACCACCAGCACCAGCACGGAGACCCCGACCCCCACCCCGACCACCACCAGCACGAGGACCCCGACCCCAGCCUCCACAACCACCACCACCAGCACGGAGACCCCGACCCCGGCCUCCACCACCACCACCACCAGCACGGAGACCCCGACCCCCACCAGGACCACCACCAGCACGGAGACCCCCACCCCGGCCUCCACCACCACCACUACCACCAGCACGGAGACCCCAACCCCCACCCCGACCACCACCAGUACGGAGACCCCGACCCCCACCAGGACCACCACCAGCACAGAGACCCCGACCCCGGCCUCCACCACCACCACCACCACCAGCACGGAGACCCCGACCCCCACCCCGACCACCACCAGCACGAGGACCCCGACCCCAGCAUCCACAACCACCACCACCAGCACGGAGACCCCGACCCCCACCCCGACCACCACCAGCACGGAGACCCCGACCCCCACCCCGACCACCACCAGCACGAGGACCCCGACCCCAGCCUCCACAACCACCACCACCAGCACGGAGACCCCGACCCCCACCCCGACCACCACCAGCACGGAGACCCCGACCCCCACCCCCACCACCACCACCACCAGCACGGAGACCCCGACCCCGUGCUGCGUUUUGAAUGACACCUACUUCGCCCCAGGUGAAACGGUGUAUAACGGGACGCAUGGGGACACCUGCUAUUACGUGAACUGCUCGCUGUCCUGCACCUUUGAGUUCUUCAACUGGUCGUGCCCGUCCACACCCUCCCCAACGCCCACCCCUUCCUCACCAACGCCGGCCUCAACACCCAAACCACCCACGUCCAUGGCAUCAAGCACUCUGGCCACCACCAAGCCCCGUGGGUGCCUAGACCUUGAUCCUCCCAGAGAGGAGAACGAGACGUGGUGGCUGUGUAACUGCACCAUGGCCAUCUGCAAAUACGGCAACACGGUGGAGUUGGUGCAGGUGCAGUGCAAGCCCCCACCCAUGCCCACCUGCUCCAACGACCUCCCGCCCGUGCGCGUCAUGGACCCUGAUGGCUGCUGCUGGCACUGGGAGUGCGACUGCUACUGCACAGGCUGGGGGGACCCGCACUACGUCACCUUCGACGGGCUCUACUACAGCUACCAGGGCAACUGCACGUACGUGCUGGUGGAGGAGAUCAACCCCACGGUAGACGGCUUCGGCGUCUACAUCGACAACUACCACUGUGACGUCAACGACCGGGUGUCCUGCCCCCGCACGCUCAUCGUGCGCCACAAGACCCAGGAGGUGCUGAUCAAGACGGUGCAGAUGGCCCCCAUAAAAGUGCAGGUGCAGGUCAACGGGCAGGCCGUGGCGCUGCCCUACAGGAACUAUGGGCUGGAGGUGUCCCAGUCGGGCAUCAACUACGUGGUGGACAUCGCCAAGCUGGGCGCCCUCAUCUCCUACAACGGCCUGUCCUUCUCCAUCAGGCUGCCCCACCACCGGUUUGGCAACAACACCAAGGGCCAGUGUGGCACGUGUACCAACAACACCGCCGACGACUGCGUGUUGCCCAGCGGAGAGGUCGUUUCCAACUGCGAGGUCGCGGCCGACCAGUGGGUGGUGAACGACCCCUCCAAGCCACACUGUCCCCACGUCGGCGUCACCACCAAGCCCCCGGCUAGCACGCCGUCAGCAGGCAGCCCCACGCCCAAGGACUGUGCUUCCCCUCUCUGCGACCUCAUCAAAGACAGCCUGUUCGCCCAGUGCCACGCCGUGGCACCCCCCCAGCACUACUAUGACGCCUGCGUGUUCGACAGCUGCUUCGUGCCCGGCUCGGGCCUGGAGUGCGCCAGCCUGCAGACCUACGCGACCCUCUGUGCCCAGAAGGGCAUCUGUAUCGACUGGCGGAACCACACCAACGGCGCCUGCUUGCUGACGUGUCCGCCUCACAGGGAGUACCGGGCCUGUGGUCCUCCAGAGGAACCCACCUGCAAGUCUGGAUCCUCUGAGAAGAACAACAGCAUCCUGGUGGAGGGCUGCUUCUGUCCCGAGGGCACCAUGAACUACGCCCCGGGAUUCGACGCCUGCGUGGACAUGUGUGGCUGUAUGGGACCUGACAAUGUGCCUAGAAAGUUUGGGGAACACUUUGAGUUCGACUGCAAGAGCUGUGUCUGCCUGGAGGGCGGGAGCGGCAUUUCCUGCCUGCCUAAGACGUGCAGCCAGGAGCCGCCCCAGUGCACGGAGGAGGGCACCUACCCGCUCACAGAGGUCAACCCCGCCGACACCUGCUGCAACAUCACAUCCUGCAAGUGCAACACCAGCCUGUGCCCGGCGAUGCCGUCCAAGUGCCCACUGGGAUUUGAAGUGAAGAGUGAGAUCACACCCGGGAAGUGCUGCCCCACCUACACCUGUGUGCCCAAGGGUGUGUGUGUUCACCAGAAUGCUGAGUACCAGCCGGGGUCGCCAGUUUACUCCUCCAAGUGCCAGGACUGCGUGUGCACCAACCGCAGGAACAGCAGCACCGAGCUCAACGUCAUCUCCUGCACCCACGUGCUCUGUGACAACUCCUGCAGCCCCGGCUUUGAGCUGGUGGAGGCCCCCGGGGAGUGCUGUGGUAAGUGUGAGCAGACCCACUGCAUCAUCAAGAGGCCCGGCAAGGAACCCAUCAUCCUAAAGCCCGGGGACAUAAAGCAUGACCCCAAGAAUAACUGCACAUUCUUCAGCUGCGUGAAGAUUCACAACCAGCUCAUCUCUUCUGUCUCCAACAUCACCUGCCCCGACUUUGACCCCAGCAUCUGCCUCCCGGGUUCCAUCACUCUCAUGCCCAAUGGUUGCUGCAAGAAAUGCACCCCUCGCAACGAGACCAGGAUCUUCUGUUCCGCCAUCCCCGUCACACGGGAAAUUUCUUUCGCCGGCUGCACCAACAGAGUCACAAUGAACUACUGCUCUGGGUCCUGCGGGACCUUUGCCCUGUACUCGGCCGAGGCCCAGGCCCUGGACCACAAGUGCUCCUGCUGUAAGGAAGAACGGACCAGCCAGCGGGAGGUGGUGCUGCACUGUCCCCAGGGCGGCUCGCGGAGCCACACCUACACCCACAUCGAGAGCUGCCGGUGCCAGGACACCACCUGUGAGCUCCCGCCGGCCCCGCGCCGCGUCCCCGGCCGCUCCCGGCGCUCCAGCCCCGGGGGCCUGCGCCCAGGAGGCGCUUGAACAGGGUCGUGCCACGCAGCUCGCCUCCACCGCCCUCCGCACCCCCCACCCCUCCUGCUGACCCCCUGAGCUUCCUCACCUCCUGAGCUGGCUUCCUCUCUGCAGAUAUUUAUUUUCUGAGUCUUUGUUCAGUUCUUUGCUUUCCACAAUAAACUUGGGCAGACGCUG